AUGGCAGAAGAAGUGAAGUUGAUUAGUCUUAAGGGAAGCCCAUUUAGCUGCAGAGUAGAAACUGCUCUGAAAAUGAAGGGUGUCCAAUACGAAUUCAUAGCAGAAGAUCUGUCAAACAAGAGUCCUCUUCUUCUCAAGUACAACCCUGUGCAUAAGAAGAUUCCAGUUCUCUUGCACAAUGGAAAGCCAAUCUGUGAGUCUCUUCUUAUAAUUGAAUACAUUGAUGAGACCUGGAAAGGCACUCCCAUCUUGCCCCAAGAUCCUUAUGAGAGAGCCCGGGCACGUUUCUGGGCUAAGUUCAUGGAUGACAAGUGCUUGCAACCACUGUAUAAGUCUUGCUGGGAAGGCGAGGAACAAGAGAAAGCCAAGGAAGAAGCAAGCGAGGUGCUGAAAAUUCUGGACAAUGAACUCAAGGACAAGAAAUUCUUCGGAGGAGACAGCAUUGGACUGGCUGAUUUGGCUGCAAAUUUCAUAGGAUAUUGGUUCAUAAUCCUCCAAGAAGUAACUGGAGUUGAGGUUUUGACAAAAGAGAAAUUCCCAAAACUAUGGGAAUGGACUAAUGAGGUCGUCAACUGUAGCAUUAUCAAGGAAAAUGUGCCUCCCAAACAUGAACUCGCCACCCACUUCCAAGCUCGGCUUAAAGCUGUUGCUCUCAAAUAA